AUAAACUAACUUAAUGAAGUAAUAAUUUGCGGAACUCCCGGGCUCUCCGCCUUAUAAUAUCAGAUCGAUAUAUUAAUAAAACAAAUAAAGCAACAUCGCCUCCGUAUUAUAAUGUUCAGAACGACAACUUCCUGGAUAAGCGCCAUCUGGUGGCCACAUUUAUUACAACCAAGGCGAGCAUGAACUUAAGCGUGACUCUGCGACGCCUCCUACUGGAGUGGCACACCGCCUCCGUCUAUCCCCUCUGCACGACCCGUGGAAACAGAAUGAGGGCAAAGAGAAGGACUGAGCAGAUUGCUGCUGAUUCCACCAUCCCAAGCAGCCACCUCUACUCACCAGCUCCACAGCUUCAUCCCCACAGCUGGCCAGCCGCCACGCUAACGGAAAAAAGGCGCCACCCUGGUAGUUUUGUUCCCCGAGGCGGCCUUGGAGGGUCGCGCCAAGCGCACGGGAGAUCGGCGACUUUCAGCAGGAGCCAGCAAGAGCCGAGCCGGAGCCGGAACCGGCCCAGAAGGGAUGUCGGAUUAAAGAGCGCAGGGGCCAGUGCGUGUCAGCUAACACUUGCUGAAAAUGACAGGAGGACGCUGGACCAGAAUACCCAUGAGACUCCUUUCCACGGCGAUGACGGUUCCACUUUCACGCUGUCCUGGGUGGGAGAUGGCACGGGGGUCAUCUUGGUGCUGUCCACCUUUGGCAUAGUCUACGAGGGAGGCUCCUCAAGGCUGUACAGAAGUGUGGAUUAUGGGAAGACCUUCCAUGACAUCUCUAAUGUCAUAAACAACACGUUCAUUCAGAAAGACUUUGGCAUUGGCACAGGACCUGUGACCUCCAACCAGGUGAUCCUCACGGUGGACGUCCCUGUCACCGAUGUACCUGGAGGUAUCGUUUUUACUUCCAUGGAUGCGGGCGAGUCCUUCAAACAGAUACAGCUCCCCUUCCACCCCAGCCAGUCGUUCACCUUCCACCUUCAAGACCCCAACUGCCUUCUUGUCGUCGGUAAUGAUGCUGCCCUCUGGCUGUCUGUGGACUUUGCUGAACACUGGACUAAAAUCCAUGAAGGUGUUCAUUCAUUCAUGUGGGGUCCUGGCGUCACUCUCUUCUUUAGUGCCAGCCUUGAGGGAACAGUGGACGCAGGCAGACGGGGAGAGCUGCUUCUGAAAAGGACGACAGACCUGGGCAAGACAUUCACCACCGUCCAUGAAAGCAUCUUCUCCUUUGGCUAUAUAGGGGGUUUCUUAUUCACCUCUGUCAUGGAGAAACUGGGGGAGCCACGUGUCAUCUAUGUGUCCUCCAAUCGGGGGGAGACCUUCAAAAAAGCUGAACUUCCUUCGGCUACCAAGGAGCAGUUCUACUCUGUUCUUGAUGGGGAUGAGGACAUGAUCUUCAUGCAUGUCGAUGACCUUGGAGACACAAACUUCGGGACCGUCUACACCUCUGACGGCCAGGGUGUUAUCUACUCCAAGUCACUAGAGCGCCACCUAUUUGGAGUGGAGGGGAAGAGCGACUUCACGAACGUCACGUCCUUGCGUGGUGUCUACCUCACCAACAUUUUGGAGAAGGACGGACACAUCCGGACCGUGAUCUCCUUCAACAAGGGUGGAGAAUGGAGUCUGCUGGCCAAGCCAGGCAACGCAAACUGCGGACAGGGUGUGAAGAACUGUAACCUGCACAUCCACGUGGAGUACAGCCACAGCAGGGGUAUGGCCCCCAUGCUGCCACUCUCCGAAGCCACUGCCCUCGGCAUCAUCAUCGCUCACGGCAGCCUGGGAGAUUCCAUCACCUCAUCGCAGGUGGACGUGUUUGUGUCGAGCGAUGGGGGCUACUCAUGGACACGGGCGCUGAGGGGUCCCCAUCACUACGCCAUACUGGACUCUGGUGGGCUACUGGUGGCGAUACCUGCAAACAAGGAGCAUCUCAUCAGCACAGUCAAGUUCUCCACAGACGAGGGUCAGUGCUGGCAGUCCUACACCUUCACAGAGCAGCCCAUUUACCUGGCCGGCCUGACAUCAGAACCCGGCACCAAGACCUUGAACAUCAGCAUCUGGGGAUACCGGACCGAGGAGGACUUCAAGACGACAUGGGUCGCCAUCACCAUCGACUUUGAGCAUCUGCUCACCAGAGAGUGUGGAGAUGAGGAUUAUGAGAGAUGGCUGGCUCACUCCAGCAUCAGGCAGGACUCGGACACUCGAGGCUGCAUCCUGGGGUUUCGUGAGACCUUCCGGAGGCUGAAGAAGAUGGCAGUGUGCAGAAACGGCCGGGACUACGUGGUUAGCCGGGAGCAGACCCCGUGCAACUGCACCGAGGAGGAUUACCUGUGCGACUAUGGCUACUUUCGUCAUGAGAACACCUCUGAGUGUGUGGAAGAGCCCAUCUUCAGGAACCAAUCCAUGAGCGUGUGUCAGACCGGAGAUGACCGGGAGAUUCAGACCUCUGGGUAUCGGAAGGUCCCCGGGGACAGAUGUGAAGGUGGUUUUAAUCCACCACCUCGACCGAGCUCAGCCAGCAGGCGCUGUGGAUCAGGACCCUCAUCAGGAUACGAGACCAUAAUGCUGACGAUGGUGUGUGUCGGUGUUGCCGUCAUCGUGCUGACCGUCUCCCUCUUCUUUAUCAUGAAGAAGUUGUUUUGUGUAGAGAGGACGCCGGCAUACCGCUUCUCUGCCCUGCAGCUGCAGGAUGAUGAUGCAUGUGUGGUAAUAAACCCACAGAAUGCCUCCACAGGCAAUGGAGGCAUCUAUCCCAGCGAUUCAGACGAGGACCUCAUUGAAUAAACGAGGGCCGAACUGGAACCAUCACAAAACUCACAAAUCACAAAAUUGUUCGUAAAAGUCAUGCAUGGCAGACGUGCGAGCUCAGUGUUGUUGUCAGUUCAGGUAAAUCCAGGUAUAAUGUUUGCCAUAGGUGUCACCCAUGUAUCCAUUUCCUGUUCUCAUUCAAGAUCUUGCUUGUCCUACAAUCACUGCUGGUUUUUACGGUUUAGCUAAUCUGUAAGCAAUUAGGGAACUCCAGGAAAUGCCACGGAAUGCCUAUGAAAUCCCAGGAAUUCUUUAAGGUUGUUUAAUGGAGGUUAUUAUUAUGUUUGUGGAUUAAAUGUAUAUUCUUUUGACAUGUUUUGAGCUGAAAAUUGUGUAAAACAUAUUUAUUUGAGGAAGGGUGGCCUUACAUCUUUAAAAAAAUCUUGUGUGAUAGGAUUUUAACUGUAUUCUUUUGAAUGGAUUCUUAAAACAACAUCAAACUGUAUUUGUCAGUUUAUGAAGCUUUCCUGCUGCUGUGAAUUACUGUGUUAAAUUCACGCAUCUUCUUGCUAAAAUGGAGACUUCACUGUGAAAAGCAAUAAA